AUGGCACAGACCCCUGCUCAACAGGUGCUAAUCUCACCUGCAGAUAGGUUUGGAUUGCUCGGUUUGUUGAACAUAAUAAGGAUGUCCUCUUCUGAUAUGGGCAUGUUGGCAUUGGGAUCUGAUUUGACUAAUCUUGGACUCGAUUUGAGCUCUCCGACUAUGCUCAAUUCAACAUUCGUGUCACCAUUCUCAGAUAACAACGCCAGGGAUGCAGCAACCCUAGAACCCGAAUUUACGUUACCAGCUUGCUAUAACGUACAGCCACCACCACCAGCGUUCACAAAGGUUGCAGAAUUCCACGACGAGACCCUCUUUUACAUUUUCUACACCCACACAAAAGAUGUCAUGCAACAGGUCGCAGCAAUUGAAUUGUUCAACAGAAAUUGGAGAUAUCACAAGGAUUUAGGACUCUGGUUGACGAAAGAAACGGGAUCUGAACCAGUGCAAAAGACACCAAUGCUUGAACGAGGUAGCUAUAUAUUCUUCGACCCUAAGAGUUGGGAGAAGAUAAAGCGCGAAUUUGUUUUGGUGUACGAUCAGUUGGAAGAAAGACCAGCGGGUGGAAAACUGAGUAAUCUGACGAAUGAGACAGGAUCAGGGGGUAGUGUAGCAGCAAGUACGGUGCAAGCGCCAACGAUAGCAGCAAACUAA